AUGUCUAACAAGAUAGAACCCGUGUCUGAAAGCAAGUCCUUUCCAGAUUCCGUGAUCAUUAUCGGUGCCGGCGUGUUCGGAUUGUCAACAGCGUUAGCCAUUGCAAAACUCCAUCCUCUGACAAAGGUCACCAUCGUCGAUCGUCUCACUCCACCUGUCGCUGAUGGCACCAGCGUCGACACCACGAGAUGUAUUCGUUCAGAUUACCUCGAUCCGAUAUAUGGACGACUUGCAAAACAAUCCCAAAAACUGAUCCAAGAAGAUCCCGACCUUAGAAAGCACCUCUUCCAGCAAGGUAUGACUUUUGUCUGCGACGGCCAGCCAAGUCGCUUCACAGAAGUCUGGCGAUCUCAACUUGAACGUGGAAAGUCUUCCAAUCCUGCAAACUAUGAGGAACUCAUCACUCGCGAAGAAGUCUUCCAGCGAAUCCACGGCAAAGACUCUCGACCCCCUCCUUUGUCGAGCAUUGGUGGAGAAGCACGUUGGAAGACUGCGUACUGUAACAUCGAAGAUGCAUUUAUCGAUGCUAAAGAAUCCAUCCAGAUAUAUUAUAACCGUUGUCUAGCGACUUCAACCAUCGAUUUCCUUUGUGGGUCAGCUGUUGAGCGAAUCCUCGUCAAUGAUGACAAAGCUGAAGGAGUUGUCCUGCAAGAUGGAGCCGUCAUAAUCGCUGAGAUGGUGAUUGUGGCAGCGGGGGCUUGGUCAAACAGACUGGUCUAUCUCGGAACUCGAGUGGUCCCAGUCGGACAUGAGGUGGCUUGGAUCAAGGUGUCCGCUGAAGAGGAGGCUCGUUGGAAGAACAUGUCGAUAACAACAAACAUGAGCACUGGACUCAACAUAUUUCCGCCAUAUAACGGUGAGAUCAAGAUCCUUCGCAGAUCGCCAGGUUACAAAAACACGACAAUAAUCACACACCCAGAAGAUCCCUCGAGGAAAAUCCAGAUCUCAUAUCCCCGGACCAUCGUCAGUAAUCCUAACGAUGUUAUCCCGAGUGAUGCUGAGGCUGCAAUGAGGGAUAAUCUCCGAGAGAUCAUGCCAACUCUUGCAGACCGGCCUUUUGACAGAAGCAAAAUAUGCUGGAUAAGUACGACUCCAACAGCUGACUUCCUGAUUGCUCCCCAUCCGCAUAUCACUGGUGUACAUCUAGCCACUGGUGGAUCCGCCCAUGCGUGGAAAUUCCUUCCCCUUAUUGGUGAUUGGGUAGUCGCAUCAAUCAUGGACGUCCUUCCGCAGGAGCUGGUGGAGAAAUGGGCCUUUGACAGACACACGGGUGACAGUGAUCAAAAUGCACCUCGUAUGGAUGGUGAACCACAAGAACUCCGCGACAUAGUACGCUAUCGUCUCUAA